CCCACCGAAAAUCAUGAUGACAUUGCCAAGACUCCAGCAGCACAUGCGAUCAGGCUACUCGACCGCACACUCGCUCGUCAGAGCAUCGCAUCGAGAUUUCGCAUCCACAUCCAGCCCUCAGCGGGCAGCCGCAGCGAGCGAGCACGCGACGCCGGCGUCGUUCAUCGUGGCGAACGCUCAGCCAAGGAUUGUGUCGGGAAUCCAGCCAACUGGCGGCGUCCCGCACCUUGGAAACUAUCUGGGUGCGAUCAAGAGCUGGGUGCAGCUGCAGGAUCCAGCCAUCCAGGCGCAACGCAUGCGCGGCUCAACCUCAGAUGGCCAACGUUCCGAGCCGAGUGGUUCAGCCAGUCACUCUGUCAGCGCAGUCUCGUCCCAGCCAAGCAAUCCAAGCAAUAGUGCUGUGGAUGUGCUCUACAUGAUUGUCGAUCUUCACGCCCUCACCGUCGCGCCCGAGAAGGCAGUGCUUCGGCGAAACAUUACCGACAUGACCAUCGCGCUUCUCGCGUGCGGCAUCAACCCUGCCAAAUCUGUGCUUUUCCAGCAAUCAAAGGUAUCUGGCCAUUCAGAGUUGAUGUGGCUGCUGGGAUGCAUCACGUCCAAUUCCUGGCUGUCUCGUAUGACACAGUGGAAGGCCAAAAAGCAGCAACUGCUCGCUUCCAAGUCACUCGACAAGCACGACUGGGGUCUUUACUCGUAUCCCAUUCUAAUGGCAGCGGACGUGCUGCUCUAUCGAGGCACACACGUGCCAGUAGGCGACGACCAGCAGCAACAUCUCGAACUCGCAUCAACCCUCGCAAACACCUUUAAUCAUGUUCACAAGUCCGCCUUCUUCCCGGCGCCUGUUCCCAUGUACAAUGACGCAAAGCGCAUCAUGAACCUCCGCAACCCCGUCAACAAGAUGAGCAAGUCGGAUGUGUCUGACGCGAGCCGCAUCAACCUGACAGAUUCGGACGACGACAUUCGCAGCAAGCUCCGUCGAGCCUUGACAGACACGAACGAAAACAGCAUUACCUUCGAUCCCGAAAAUCGGCCAGGUGUCGCAAACCUUCUCAGCAUUGCAGCCGCCAUCCGAGGCGAGACUCCGCAGUCCAUGGCCGAGCACUACACCAAGUCCAACCUCAACAUGCGGGGGUUGAAAGACGCAGUCAUGGAGCUUGUCAUUGCUGAAGUCAAGCCGAUUCGAGAGAAAAUCGCAGAGUUGCAAGCUGACGAGAAAGCCGUCCAUCGCAUUCUCGAAGAGGGUUCUCAUCGUGCCAACGAGAUGAGUCGAGGAACGCUCCAGGAGGUUCGCAAACUGGUUGGUCUUGAUUUGUGAGCGCAGUAAACUUGACCAAACAAACAAACAAACAAAC